ACCUGCAGGGGAGUCGCUUCCUCCUCUCUGUCUUUCCCUCCUGUCUCCAUUUCUCUCUGUCCUAUCCAACAAUGAUGACAACAACAAUGAUAACUACAACAAUAAAACAAGGACAACAAAAGGGAAUAAAUAUUUUAAAAAAGUGUAUUUGUUGACUAAAUGCAAUCAGGUACUAAUGCUUCAACUUUUGGUUACUCUUUCCUCAGAAAAGAUACCCAGAAGCAGGGUUGGAGGUGGGUUACACAAAACUAUUUCCUUCAGUGUGAUCCAUGAUGCAUAAAACUGAAUUGCAAAAGUUUCAAAGGGAGGAGCUGGAAAAUAGAUAGUUUCAUUUUUCUAAAUCCAUCGAACCCUUUCUUCAUUAGAGUCUGUAUGUGACUAUAACCAGUGUUAUAUGACUAGGGGCUGGUUGAGGGCACACUACCAUGCUUAAGGAUCCAGGUUCAAGCCCCCAGUUGGUCCCUGCCUGCAGGAAGGAAGCAAGCAGUGCUAAAGGUGAUUGAUUCCUCUGUAUCUUCUCCCCUCUCAAUAUCUCUCUGUCCUAUCAAAUUAAAGAAAGGGGGAAAUGGCUGACAGGAGCAUUGGAUUCAACAUGCAGGCACCAUGAUGAAUGCCCCAGCAAUAAUUCUGUUAUCAAAAUAAAAAUAAUAAUGCAUAUCUGCUGUAUGACAGAUUAGAUUCUAAAAAUCCUAUCAGGGAUGAUUCAUACACUUCAGCAUUUAUCUAAUACAUAUUAUUUAUCUAACUUUUAGCAUUAUUUAUCUAAUAUAUAAAGAAAUGUUUAUGAGGUCGGAUGGUGGCACACGUGUUACCAUGUACAAGGGCUCCAGCCAUCAGGCCUCACCUGCAGAGAGAAAGCUUUGCAAGUAGUGAAGCAGUGUGUCUCUCUCCCUUUCUGUCACCCUCUUCUCUCUCUGGUUGUCUCUAUCCAAUAAAUAAAUAAAGAUAAUAAAAGAAUUUUAAAAAUAAAUGUUUAUUAAUUGAAUUUGCUAAAAUAAAAAUUAUUUGUACUAAAAAAUUUUCAACAGAUUUCUGCAAUUAGCAUACCUUUGCUCACAAAAUAUAAAACUUGAACUAAAAGAAUGAUUUAAAAUUUCUCACAGCUCUUUAAAUAAUGCCCUAUUGAUGCAGUAAUCCAUCACUAAAAUGUUCUCAAUGAUCCUGGAUCAUCUGGGAUAUAAACGAUGUAUAAAAAAAGAUAGUGAAUUUUGGAAAACCAGAUGUUAAAUAGCUCUGGCAGCCCAGUAGCUGUUACAAAAGCAGAAGGAUCACCAGUAGAUACCCUCCCAUUGGUCCAGGGCUUUAACCAAAUGCCUGGAUUUUGCAUAAAAGGCAGGAAUCACCAGAACCUGUCUCCACUUUCAAUCAAAGAGGAACUGCAAUAACAGCAGAAAAAGAAGAUGGCAAAACUAUUGUUACUUUUGCUCCCAGGACUUAUGAUCGUAGGUGCUGUGCAUGGAAUAUUUAUGGGCAGACUUGCUUCCAAGAAACUCUGUGCAGAUGACGAGUGUGUGUACACUAUUUCUCUGGCCAGAGCUCAAGAAGAUUACAGUGCUCCCGACUGUAGAUUCAUUAAUAUUAAAAAGGGGCAGCAGAUCUAUGUUUACUCAAAGCUGGUAAAAGAAAAUGGAACUGGAGAAUUUUGGGCUGGCAGUGUUUAUGGUGACCUCCAUGAGGAUGAGAUGGGAACUGUGGGUUAUUUCCCCAGGAACUUGGUUGAGGAGCAACAUGUAUACCAGGAAGCCACCAAGGAACUUCCCACCACGGAUAUUGACUUUUUCUGCGAGUGAAAAAUCACAGGAAACACCAAAAAGAAAGAUAAAAGCAAAAAUACCCCAAAACAUAUGUCCCUGGUUUCUGACUUUUGUUUCAAAGAUUUGUUAUACUAUAAGGCUGGGAUUUGGAGGUGGCUGCCGCUGGGUCUCCACUCUCACUUGGGUCAAGAAUGUUUGUCUCAAGUGGAUCAGUUGAAAGCAGAGAAUUAUUUUUCAGUCUAGAGAAUCCUUGCUUUUACAGGGAGGUCAUAUAGACAUUCGUUUACUUGUAGCUGUUUCUAAAUAGAAAUUCUCCCCUGCUCGCUGACUCCCUGUACAUAAACUUCAUAGGUCGCAGAUCUUUCUUUUGGAAAUGAUGUUUUGUACGUGUUUGUCCUGGCCAAUUGAAAAGUAAUAAUGUAUGUGAAGGAGCUAUAGCAUUGAGAAGUAUUCUUGGAUUAUUGUUAUUUUCAAUGUUUGAUGCUUUGGGGAAUGUGAAGCUGUUGGGGUGUGGGAAUUGUCUGUCAUCAUAGCAGUUUGGACUAUAAAUUUCCUUUAUUUAAAAUGUCUCAAAGGACCAGAGAGGUAGCUUACCUACCAGCAUGGUAUAUACGUUGCUAUGAGUGAAGUUCAAGUUCAAACCCUGGAACCAUAUGGGAGAUCCCGUGGCACUGAAGAAUGCUACUAUUCUAUAGUUCCUCCCUCUCCCU